CCUCUGUCUCUCUUUCCAGACCUACGGAAGGACUUGUUUUUUUGUGAGGUUCCCUGUGAGCUUCCCAGACAAGUAGACAGACUCAAAUUUGAAGUACCAUCAGCUCCUCUAUCCGUUCCUUCCUCUGUGCUUUUUAUCAAACACGCACACCUUCACCGGCAAGAGGAGAGCGUUUUCUUUCGGCGUCCUCGACACUUGGAAACAGUCGUCAGAAGGCUCCAGGCCAGACCCUCAGAGUGAUCGUACCCCACCUGUGAGCUUCUAUCUCCAGCCACCAGGACCUUCAGUUGGAUUCCAGCUACAUGGGAAAACGUUUGGAGCAGCAGCCAAUGUACCCCCACUACACCUACUACUACCCCCACUAUCUCCAGACCAAGCAGUCCUAUGCUCCUCCCCCUCCGCCCAUGGCUCCGCCCAGCCCCGGCACCACAGGAGGAGGAGGUGGAGGUGGAGGUGGUGGAGGAGGUCAUGGAGGAGGGCUAGUGGAGCAGCUUAGUAAGACCAACCUGUACAUCAGAGGCCUGUCACCUGCCACCACCGACCAAGAUCUCAUCAAACUCUGCCAGCCAUAUGGGAAGAUUGUGUCAACAAAAGCCAUCCUGGACAAGAACACCAAUCAAUGCAAAGGCUAUGGAUUUGUGGACUUUGACAGCCCUGCAGCUGCCCAGAAGGCUGUGGCCUCACUCAAAGCCAGUGGAGUCCAGGCACAGAUGGCGAAGCAACAGGAGCAGGACCCCACCAACCUGUAUAUCUCCAACCUGCCGGUGUCCAUGGAUGAGCAGGAGCUGGAGAACAUGCUGAAACCUUUCGGUCAUGUAAUUUCCACACGUAUACUGAGGGACGCCAGCGGCCAGAGCAGAGGAGUCGGCUUUGCCAGGAUGGAGUCAACGGAGAAGUGCGACGUGGUGAUUCAAAAUUUCAACGGGAAAUUCUUGAAAACCCCUCCAGGCAUGACAGCCCCUGCAGAGCCAUUGCUGUGCAAGUUUGCUGACGGAGGCCAGAAGAAGAGGCAGACCCAGGUCAAGUAUCCCCAGAAUGGCCGACCGUGGACACGGGAAGGAGAGAGUGGUAUGGCGUUGACAUAUGAUCCCACCGCGAUGCAGAACGGGUUCUACUCUUCGCCGUAUAGCAUCUCCACCAAUCGGAUGAUUGCACAGACGUCAAUCACACCAUUCAUUGCUGCCUCUCCUGUUUCCACAUAUCAGGUCCAGAGUACAUCUUGGAUGCCACAUCAACAGUAUGUUAUGCAACCUACAGGUGCUGUGAUCACUCCAGCCUCGGCCAUCGAGCCCAGUUUGUCUCUUCAUCCCUCCAGUGUAAUGGCUCCUCUCACCCAGCAGAUGAACCACCUGUCUCUGGGGACUACAGGCACUUACAUGCCUGCUGCAGCGGCUGCUCCUAUGCAAGGAACCUACAUUCCCCAGUACACUGCAGUGCCUGCCUCUGCCAUCACAGUGGAAGGCGUGGUGACAGACCCAUCUCCACAGACAACCGCUCCCUCCUCACAGGACGCAAGCGGGCAGCAGCCUUUAUCAGUGGAGAAUACAGGGGAUCAUGCCACAGCCUACUCUUACCAGCAGACUAAAUAACAAGAUGGUAGGAAUCAUUGCUGCAUUGCCUUUAGAAGGACUGCACUGAGGCGCUGGAGACACAGAAAGAAUCAAAAUGAAACGGGGACAAAAUAAGGUGACAUGGACAACACUGAGGGGAGAAUGCUUCCACUGUGCACAGGCACCAAAUAAAAGACAAAAUGAAGAAAAAAAAAAUUCCAUUCUAUUUCUUACCUGGUUGAACCAAGAAAACGACAAAGAAGAAAAAAGAAAUGAUGAUUUGCUGAACUUGAGGACAAUGAAAUCAAACGCAGUCUGCAACUUUGAGUUUAUUAUUUCUCACUGUGAGACUGGACUUUGCCUCCAAAGGAAAAGACAUAGACUGAAAUCUAAACUCAACCAACAAACUGUACAGAGAAAAAAAAAGAACAUUUGAAUGUGCAGGUAGAUUUUCAGACUUUUUUUAUUAAAAAAGCAAGGAAGCAAAGUCUAGAAAAAACAGGUUGUCUUCCUUUGAUAUUAAGCUACAUCAUUUUCAUCCUUUUUAUUAUUUGAGUAGUUUUCUAGAAUAUCAAUGUUUUCGUAAAUCUUUAUUGCCUUAAUUUUCUCAAUCUUUGGGAAACAGUCUCCAUAGUGUUGACUUAUUAAAAAAAAAAGACUGAGUGGUUGAGUGAUUUGAGGGGUUCUUAGAGUUCUCGGAGACUAAAUCUAAAAGCUAUCUGUACAGGAUUUAAAAAAAAUAUGGUUGUAUUUGUAUGAAGAUGAUUUUAAAUUAUGUGGUGCAGUGCAGCUGUUGGUUGGUAGGAGAAAAAUAAUCGUGUGGGACUUGUGGGAGGGGUCAAUCCACUGCUUCCUGGAAAAUGCAGUUUAGUUUUAUCAUGAGUUUAAAAAGAAUUGUUUCUCCAUCACAUUUGUAUUUCUCUCUUUUUUGGUUUUUUACUUGCAUUCUUUUUACCUUCAAAAUGUUUUUGCUUUGCCUGCUUUGCUUGUCUCACUGCAAAAAGAAAAGUAAAUAAAAAAAUAAAUAAAAAAACGCAGCCUACAGGUGGCAUAUUUUAUACCAAAGAUGAAGAAACUAGGUAGUGAAGAGAUCUUCCUCAUGUUGCUUUCUCUUUAUUUUUUCACCUCUGGAACUGAGAUUUUUUUGCUUGACAUGCUGUUGGCGUGUGAGAUAAUUGUAUCAGUGACUGAGAACAUGCAGUAGCUCUUUUACACAAUUGCCUCACCCAGAAAAUUUAGAUGCUUUGUUUCGUUUUCGAUCAAACGUGUUAAUGAUGUAAGGUGGGAGGGAGCAACCUCCACAGACACACUGUGGAGGUAGUGGAAGAGGUGGGUAUAUUAUUGGGAACAAGUUGGUUUAGUAUAUUUUAGUGGUAAGGAAAAUGCAUUUUAUCCUGUGGAAUAUUGGUGUGUACUCUUCAAAGUUGUGUAUACACAUAAUUACAUCGUCCUCAGGCUGCAUUGUGGCUACAUCCUAAAUGUCCACAGUGAGAUGCAGUAACUGUAUGACUGCAAGCCAAAACACUCUAGAUGUAAUUAUUUUCAAAUGCAUUGUCUCAGUCCAUGCAACACACUGUUUUUACACCACUGUCUUGCCAAACACAAGCCAUUUAAAAUGUGAGUAGGGUGACGAUCUUUGAAAGGAAAAGGGCAUUUCUGUUAAACGAAAUCAUUUAAGCUUAUGUAUAUUCUCCUGAGAGGACAAGGAGAACGUUGUUGUUUUCACUAUUUUUUUUCUUAUUGUGUUGCCUUUUUUGUUUAUUUUUUAUAAUUGAUUAUGAUGUGUGAGCUGCUAAAUACUUUUCAGUAUUGGGGAGUGAGGUUGUCUUGUGUUGGGUGGGUGUUGAAGAGGUGAACCUCCUGAAUGACAGUAAUUGACCAUUUUAAGAGAGGGUAAAGACAGUUCCUGUUGAUUGUUAUCUGUGACUUGACAAUGUAAAAAGCAUCCUGCAAGUUGUGUGCUUCUUUUCAAGUGAAAGAAUGUUCCUGGUUGGAGCCCUUUAAAAACAAAAAUAAUCUCCAUCAUUUGUACUCUUACGUUACAAUACUUUGUACUGGUUAAGAAAAAACUAGUACAACUAAUACAACUAGUACAAAAAACUGUCUGACACCAGCUCUGAGGUCACCCCCUCGAAGCCCCGCCUACCUGACCCUCCACCAAUGAAAGGAAGCUAAUGGAGACGGAAACAAAAAAAGCAUGGUUCAACCAAAAUCAAGCAGAUACUAACCUCUAUUGGAAAAUAAAUUAUUGAAACAAGAGAGAGGGAGAGAGUAGAGAACGCGAGAACAAAAGUAAUAUUUAUGAGAUCUUUUUUGUACACGUGUGUAAAAGAAGAUGAAACAGAAAUAACUUUGAUGAUGCUAUUUUUUUAUUUGCUUGGUCACAUGCCUCCCAUGUCUUUCAAAUUGUGAUUCUGAGAGUGUCUGUAGAACCAGUGGAUAUUGCUGUAGUUUCAAAUGUCUCUUUUCUUUUUGUUUUCUUUUUAGACAAAUCUUUCAAUAAAAAAAUGUUUC